AUGGCGGAUGCAGCAAAGAUACAAGAACUUCUCGCCAAGCCUCGCAAUGAGCUCACUGAGUUCGAGGUCGCCCAAAUCGAAGAACAUGAAUUCACAUCCGGUCCCCUCUCUCUCCUCCAAGCUGCUGUCCGCUCUCAUGGACAAGUAUUGAUUUCCUGCCGUAACAAUCGAAAAUUACUUGCGCGUGUCAAGGCUUUUGAUCGUCAUUGCAAUAUGGUGUUGGAGAAUGUAAAGGAGAUGUGGACUGAGACGCCAAGGUUGAGCGGUGGUGGAAAAGGGAGACCAGUUAAUAAGGAUAGAUUUAUUAGUAAGAUGUUUUUAAGAGGAGAUUCCGUCAUUCUAGUCCUUCUAAGCUGA